CCUAAUCCUAAAGCCCUCCUCUCUUUUCCCUUUGUAGUUUAGAAGUCGCAACUCCUCACGACUUCUCCAACCAAUCCUCUCAUUCAAGACGAGCCCGUCCAACACCAUGGCUUCAGGAUCAGGCGUCGAAUCAGGAGCUGAAGGACCGAAGUCGGCUUCUGGUGCUUCCUCUGGCAUUUCGGGCUCGGCCCUCAAUCGUCCCUCAUCGCCUACCCCCCCCGGUGGACCUCGCACGGCUAUGCGCCGUCGCGCUGCUGCAGAUCACAAGGAAUCUAUCCGGAAUGCACGUCCUGCAUCAACACGCUCCGCUGGUGCGGGCGGCUCCUCGGGUACGAUGCUGAAGCUCUAUACAGAUGAGAGCCCCGGCUUGAAGGUUGAUCCUGUCGUCGUGUUGGUAUUGAGCCUGGGUUUCAUUUUCUCUGUUGUUGGGUUGCAUGUCAUUGCCAAAAUCUCGCGGAAGUUCGCAUAAGUGCUUACUUGUCUGCUUCGUUCGAUACCAUCUGUGCUCGAAAAACACCAUCUUUCCCCUAAGUUUGCGAAUGAGGAUCCGAUGGAAUACCCUGUACGAUAUGACCGAAUUGGCGAUCCAGGAGAAAAUAUCCACUUGGGGUUUCCAUGGGUUGCUUGCAGGCUCAUUGCAUUUUGAACGGAGGACUUGGCCCUCCAUUUGUCUUAUCUUCUUGUCCUUUUGCUUGACUUUAUAUACGCUCCUCGUACUCACUCUAUACCUUACCAUCUUCCCAUACCUACUGCCAAUGACCAUGUCGCAGUGAGCGAAAGAGCGAUCUGUGAACAUUUGGUGGAACUUUUCCAGCAAUCCUUCGCUUUCACUUCUUACGCCUAGUUUGCACAUGUCCACAUUCGGCACCCGUAUGAUUUCCCCCACUACCCAAACCACUUCUCUACCUAUCUCGACAGUCACCCAUUUGUCUGCAGUACAAUGGGGAACCCUGAUCGCCAACUCCUUAUACUAGUUCGAUCCACAAGACAAAAUAUUUCCUUUAUAUGCCUAUGCUUCCAUGUGUAUUUUCUUCUAUUUCUUUUGCGCUCUGUUUCUUGAAAUUUAUGUCGUAAAUAAUAUUUUUUUUAUCUCUUGAUUCAAUUUAUUCGCUCUUCGGAUCGCUUUGUCAGUCGUAUCUUCCCGCUCCAAUUUCCGCUUGGUCCUUGAUUUACUCCGGCAUGUUGUAAUGGAAGACUUGCGCUGGGGGAGGGCAUAGACAUAAAAUGGCGUAAU